AUGAACAGGGGCCAACCAGGGUACUCCAUGGUCGAUGAUAAGCUCCAGGAGCACCGGAUCUCCGCUUCCCUACGCUGCCCCGGCUGUGGCCAUGAGCUGGAAUGCACACCGGAUAUGGCUGGGCUUCCUGCGGGCGUCAAGUUCGAUCCGACGGACCAGGAGCUGAUCGAGCACCUGGAGUCCAAGGUGAUGGAUGGAGGCUCCAGGGCUCACCCUCUCAUAGAUGACUUCAUACCCACCUUACAGGGAGAAGAUGGCAUUUGCUACACCCAUCCGGAGAAACUCCCAGGUGUAACAAGAAAUGGGCAGAGCAAACACUUCUUCCACAGACCAUCCAAGGCCUAUACCACCGGCACAAGGAAGAGAAGAAAGAUCCAGGCAGAGCGUGACCUAGCCAACAGCAGAAAUGGCGCCGAGACACGGUGGCACAAGACUGGCAAGACGCGGCCGCUGAUGGUGGACGGACGACAGAAGGGGUGCAAAAAGAUCCUAGUCCUGUACAUUAACUUCGGCAAGCCCCGGAAGCCCGAGAAGACCAACUGGGUGAUGCACCAGUACCACCUUGGCGACUUGGAGGAUGAGAAAGAGGGGCAGCUGAUAGUGUCAAAGGUCUUCUAUCAGACUCAGCCGCGGCAAAGCGUCGCUGCUACCACGGUGGUGGCACAGGAUGAGCGUGCAAGGGACAGCAACAAGGAGGUAGAGAUGCCAUCUGGGUCAAUGCAGAAUGGACUCACUGCCUAUGCGUUGGCCGCUGCGGCUGCCAUCCAGAUGGAGGGACAACCGCCGAUGCUGGAUGAUGAGGUUGGUGCAGACCAUCAAGUGAUAGUCAAUCAAGAAGGAGAACAGCAAGAUCACCACCAUCUUCCAUCACAAAGCCAUAUUGUCAGCCAUAAUUUGCAAGCGGUGCCUGUACCUGCCACGUGCCCUCUUACUGGUAAGCUGGCGAACCUGGUAUCAACCGUAGCAUCACCUGCAGUUCAGCAUACCACAGUCGUCCUCAACAGCCAGCUACACUCUCCUGCAAUGGUACUUCAAAAACAAAAAAUUCAGAUGAACAAUGAAAAGGAGGGGCAAGAGAAACAGCAGCACAAAUUUUAUCAUAAGCCUGCUGGCUUAGAAGGACUGAUAAUGGCCUGUAAAUCAGCAAGUACAGCAGAAGGAUCUUCAACUACUCCGCCUGAAGAGACACAAUGGCCAUACCAAUACUGGCCUCCUGACAAUCAAGAUCGACAUGGGUAGCAUAGAAGAUAAACUGGCUGGUGAUGAUAUCAUUUUCUUUAAGCAAUUAUCUGAUUCUAACGAAGUAACUGACUCCCUAAGUACAACAUUUCAUGCAAAACUAGGUUACUGCAUUCUGCAGAACUGACAAGUACUGUAAGUAAGUUAGGGGUAGAACAUAAGAUCAAGAUCCCUCGGGGGAGAGAUGAUCUAAGUUAAAUUAGGCGAUGAUGCAAUCAUUUUAAC